CGACCAAUAGCUCGUAUGUUAAUGAGUACUAUACUUAACUUUUGCAGCCUUAAAAGGAAGAUUUUGUUAUUACCAGCUAAAGCGGAAAUUUCAUUCUAACGUCAAAAUUAGUUUCAUUAGGGGGAAAUGCAUCGAGAAGUGUUACAUAUAGUUGGGUACUAUAUUUAGAUGAGAUGGUAUAUUUUGAAUUAUUUCAUGACAUGGCGUAUUUCACGGAAUCAUGUUAAGGUUAGAAGUCGAUGCAGAGAGGGGGAUACAGGGGUCCUCCUCAACAACUCAGCUAUUUCCAAAACGCAUGCAUCGCAAUUCUAGUUGUGUAACCGAGGCCUCUUUUAUACAGAACGAAUUUCUGGCAAAGGACUUAUACAGAUCGAAUAUAAAACUAAGAAUAUAUUUUUAUGUACUGGUGGUUGCGAAUAUUUUCUUAAUGGUGGCGAUUAGUGUUCUUGCAUACAUCUCUUUCUCGCGUAAUUUGAACCAACAUGAUAUGAAUAAGAACAAUUCCCGUCUGAUGGAAGUUAAAGAAAACAUACCCACAGGUGAAAAGACAGAGCGAUUGUUUAGGACCAAAAUCUCUAAAGAAUUACCGGAAGGUGUGAACUGUGCAUCUCUAAGAUAUAAACUUAACGCCACGGACGUGGACCCUGAUGGUAGAUGUUCUUUUGAGGAUUUGAUUGAUGCUGUAAUCAAGUUUGUGAAACCCACAGAAUAUAGAGAUGUUAUACAUUUAAUUGGUGGUAUACCUGAGGAGGACAGGAAUGAACAUUUAGAAUAUACAGUCGCAGAAUGGACCCGGGACAAAAACACAGGUUCCUCAGUUGUGUACCACGUGACAAAUUCGUCCAUCGUCAUUCCUUCUGAUGGUUACUAUUUCUUAUACUGUCGAUUGACCUUUUCAUCUGACGUCACAAGAACGGGGUCACGACAAACAGCCAUUAAGCAUUCAGUCAGAAUCCGACCAACCAAUCAAAGUUUUCAGAAAUUUGUGACAGUGACCUCCAUGACCAGCUCAGGCAUGAAGACUCACAGCUUAAUACAGAGGGUCGCAAAAUUUCGAAAAGGCGAAGAGUUAAAAGUCACAGUGUCUAGAGCUGGAAAAGUUCAAUAUGACAUAAGUGAUACCACCGAGAAUUAUUUUGGCAUGUUCAAACUAUGAUUUCUUUGUACUUUGGGUGUUGUUAUUAUUCAUUGUUGACGGGUUUUUUUUAUUAUUUUUCAGUUACGUAUUUAAGAUUAUUUUACUUACUUGUGAGAUUUCUUUCUAUGCUACCUCGAAUAAUAAAACUGUUUACAACAG